GCCCAACAGGCCCCAGUCGUCACGUCCGUCUCCCUCGCGCGACAACCUAUGGUGGAGGUUCCCUUGCGAAGAGCGAGGAUGGUACUCAUUGUGUAGUAGCAGGAAAAGAAUGUACAUUUCAGUACUUCACUUACUCUGCUGCCCUUAUUCACCCCACGCAGCUCUGCAGAUCCUCCGUGUCACAGAGCCUGAUGUGAAUGCCUCAACUUCUGCUGAGCAUAGGACCGCCGUUGGAUGUGGUGGCUAUCGGAUUGAGGUGUCGCGAAACCUUUGGGGUGGAAGUGGCUUCAAGAUAGACAGUGCUUUCACCGAUGUUGCCUGGGGGCAUGGUCAUGCGUAAUUUAGGGCUUUGAAAAUUUCACUCAUUGACAAUACAUUUGAAGCUUUCAGCAAUAAGAUUCUUACCAGUGCCCGCAAUGGCGAACUUAUCAUGUGGGACCUGCAGAGGACUGGCGCCUCGAAGUAUGAGCGCUGCGCCUGUGACCAUGUUCGCUCUAUACAACAAUUGGCAUGUUCUACAAUUUCAAUGAAUUAUUGCCUGACUGGUUCUGCAGAUGGAGACCUUCGUAUCUGGAUGUUGAAGCCGCUCGAUGCUGUUCCUAGAGUCGCUGCUACUUGGGAUGUAUCUGGUUCUCUGGUUUUUGUCGCUGAUAGACCCCGACGAUGGGAAGUACCUUAUGAUGACAUACCGCCAGAGAAGCGUCAGCUUGUGCAAGAGCAGAAAGGCAAGCUCAAAGCACUAGGGGACAAAACCUAUGGACCUAAGACACAGACUGUUGGAAUGCUUGCCGGGACUGAUCUGACUGAAGACAUCGAUGUGUUCGUGAAGCUUGCCAAAGGCUAUAUCUUUGAGGUUUCUGUUCUUCCUCCUCGUUCAAUUUCCCUGGAUGACCAUGCUCACGGCAGAAGAUCUUCCGCAAGCCCAGCGUCUUCACGCCAUUCGCCAGAGAAGCCGUCUGCACCGAGUUCCAUAAUGGGGUACCUCACGCUACAAAGAGUAACUCCUGCAUCGUCUGUUCAUUCCUCACCUCACCAUGCCUCUUCUGCUUUACCUUCGGUGUCUGGUGUUCGCCGCCCCUCUAACUCAGGUUUGUCAGCCUUGACUCCCAUCAGCUCGGGACCUCAAAAGCGACCCAAGAUGUUCCCAUCAUAUGGCCGAAGGCCAUCCUUCCUGCAUAGUGCUCAGAGCGCAAGUCCAAGUGAUAUGAGUGUUAAAAGUGGUCCACUUAGCUUGAAACAUGUAGAAGAGGGCGCUCUCAGUGAUUCUGAUGAAGAGGAUGAAGAUGAAGAAGAAAAGGGAAGUGAUAGGGGAAGCAUUCACACAGAAAUCUCUACAUCAUUUCGGCCUUCAAUUUCGCCUUACCUCUAUCCUCGAACCUCCGGUGCAACAUCGCAUAUGCACAUACAUCCGAAUCCAAGCCCGCUGUCGCGUGUGGCGGGGCAGCAAACCUGGACGGAGGAUGAAGAUGACAAGGAUGGCAAAGAUUCUCCUUCUCCUGCAUCUUCGUCGAACUCGGAUUACGAGAAUAGCGACGGAGAAGGCUCGGAUACCGCUUUCAAAGUUUCAAAAGGCAAGAUUUCUAGGCGCAGCUCAAAAUCAAGUUGCCACCGAACGCGAAGCCGAAGUUCCACAGUUGCCUCUCUUGCUGCAUCACAGCCAACCCUCAAACACACCUCGACGCUGAUGGUCCAAAUGCCAAAACUCACCAAACAAGAUUCGCAAAGUAGUAUUCGCACAGUGACCGCAGUCAACUCUCCCUAUAUGGAUGAUAUGAAGGACCCCAGCAGUUUAUAUCGCGACGAUACCAUUCGCGAUUUGGCGAGCUCAUUCUCUUUUGGACAUCCCGGUUCUGUGCAGCCCACUUCGUACCUUCAGCACAAAUGUGUACGAUCCACCAUCUCGGCCGAAUUCACGCUUGGCAGGGUGCGUAGUAGUCGGGGCACAUCAGUAGAGAGGAAUUUGGAUGCGAUACCCAAGAAGCGAGCAGCUAGUGUCACCAAGGAGCAGGUGGAAGAGGUUGAGGGGCAUGUACGAGACGUGGGAUGGGAAGCUCUGCGAGAAUCACUGGAUGUGUUUGCACAUGAGGGUGAUGUGCAGAUGUGUACCCUUUUGUCACUUGUGGCUGGGGCGGAGCUCAAGGUCAGUAGGACGCGUCUGGUUCGAUUUUUGGAGUCAUAUAUGUAUCUGCUGGUCCGACUUCGUCUGCAUACCUCUGCAGCAUACAUGCGCAAAUUCACACCUGCUGAAGAAGUCCGGAACACAACCUUGCUCGAGAUGACUAUCUAUACGGCAUGUGGACGCUGUCGAAAACCCCUUAUGCUUCCUUCAGGAGGGACAGUUUUGAGCACCACGCCCACUAGCACCGUGAUGCCUCAUCACCAGGUGAAGCUCUCGCUUGAGCCCAAGCCACCUCCGAAGCCUGCUGAGAACUAUGCAUUUUGCCUACAAUGCAAGCAGAGUUCUUCCAGGUGUUCCAUAUGCCAUUUAUCUGUUCGAGCCAUGCUGUUCAAAUGCACAGUAUGCAUGCAUGGAGGACAUCAGGAAUGCUAUCAGAUGUAUUAUCUACGUCAACCCAUGGUCGAAAUUAAGCCACACCAGCCACCUGUGCCCCAACCACCUGCACCCCCUCGGCCUCCGACGCCUUCUCUAGUCCAUCAAAGCAAGCCUCCAACUCGAGGACGUGUGCUGUCAAGAGUCGCAGAUGAUGUCUCGGAUGACGGAGUCAGCGCCAUUGUGAAGGAUGGUAACAGUGAUGGUGGAGGACCUGCUGGGGUUGGUGGAGGUGUCGGAGGCUCGAUGGCUGUUUUGGGUCAUCCUUGUGCUGCUGGUUGUGGACAUUAUUGUUGGGCUGCCAGUGAUGCUUUGUAUAGUCAACCACUGGAGUAAUUGCUUUUUCAUUUAUUUGUAAAUAUUGUAACAGCAUUGUAGAUAGUUCCGUCCGUGUAGGUACAUGCGAGAACAUAGAGGUAACUUAGUAUCGAU